AAGACGGGGUGUGCUAGAAUCACCGACAGCUUUUCAGGACUCCAGCGACGAGCCAGCCAGUGUCUGGUGAACGUGCGUGUGCGCGUAUGUGCGCGCGCGUGUGUGCGGCCAUGCGUGUGUGUGUGUGGAUCAGCAGCCAACACACACUUAACAUUCGUUUGCAACAUGGCGUUGAACCGCCGAGAGACACGACGGCUCUCCCCCGACUAAUGCAGCCUUAUUGUUUGCAAAGCCAGGGGACUGUUAACCAAAGAGACCGAAACAUUCACAGAGACUCCUUUACGCACCGGCGGAGACAAUAGCGGAUUCCAACGUAUGCAUGUCGGUAUAACGGUAUAGCUGGUUGUAUAGACGUACGCUGCUACCCCACUGGUGGAAAUCAAAGGCUGUACAUGGCGGUGGAGAGUACAAUUUGGCUGUUCUGUCUUCUUUCGCUGUUUUGUGGUCCAGCCAAGCAAGAAAAGCCUGUUUCGGUGGAGCUGAGCUGCGGGGCUGGGCCCAGCCAUGUAGUGUUGGAGCCAGGUUUGCCCCUCUUGCUGGACUGCAACCUUGGGGCCAGUGAUACACCUUUCAAUGUCACCUGGCUUCAGGAUGGCCAGCCUCUGCCUCUGGAUGGAGGUGACUUCCUGCAGUAUUUGGCGAAUGGAUCCCUCCUCUUGCUGCCCACCUCUAAGGGUGGCCAGCUUCCCCAGGGAGUGGAGGGGGGCUACAGCUGUGUGAGUGCCAGCGCCCUUGGAGCCCUGACCAGCCGGACUGUAAAUGUUCUCCUAGCAAGUCUGUCUAAGUUCCAUCAAGAGCCAUCACCCCAAACUGUGCCCGCUGGGGGAGCUGCCCGGUUUGAAUGCCAGAUUGAGGGAGUACCCACACCUGUUAUUACCUGGGAAAAGGACAAAGUGGCUGUCCCUGAGGAGACACGGUUCAUUUCCCUUCCUAACGGGGUGCUCCAGAUUCUGGAGGUGACCAAGGAGGAUGAGGGUGCCUACCGCUGUGUUGUGUCCAACUCUGCCAGGAAGGACAUCAGUCAUGAAGCCAUGCUCACUGUCACCACAGGCUCUACAGAAACCCUGAACAUGGUUGCGAUUGUUGCACCGCCUCAGAAUGCAACAGUCGUGCUCGGCCGUUUCGCUGUGAUGGAGUGUAUGGCACAAGGCCAGCCGAAGCCACUGGUGUCCUGGAGUAGACAAGAUGGAAAACCCAUUUCCACCGAUGUUGUCGUCCUUGCAACAAACCUGGUGAUUAGGGACACGAGGCGUCACCAUGCCGGCGUCUAUGUCUGCCGGGCCAACAAGCCCAAGACCAGAGAAUUUGUAAUUGCUGCUGCUGAGCUGCAUGUGCCUGUGCCGAGUGCACCUCCCCAGCUGUCUAUAGCCAGCACCUCCCCCACUGACAUCAAGCUGAUGUGGCAUCCAUUGUCCUCUCAGCACAGUCGAGGAGCUGUCACUCGCUACCGCAUUGAGUACAGCACCCUGGAUCAGGUGGAAAGUGUGUUCUCAGUUGAAGUGGGGGGUAAUGAGACUCAAUUCACACUAAGAGAGCUGCAGCCCAACCAGGCCUACCGACUGAGGAUUGCAGCGGCAACGGCCGUUGGUUUUGGGGUUCCUUCUGAGUGGGCCCAGCACCAAACAUUAGCCCACUACAACCACAGUGACCACAGCAUGGUGAUAUUCGCCCCUACUGAGCUGAAAGUCAGAGCCAGAGUGAACACACUCAAUGUGACGUGGCAUCCCUCACCCAAUCACACGCUGGUCUCUGGGUACAAGCUCUCCUGUCGAGAGGUUGAAACUGACAAAUCAGCCGCUGGAGAAAGGACAACACAGACCCACACCAUCAGGCUUCGUAAGAAGGCCAGGUAUCAUCUCCUCACCGGGCUGGUCCCUGACCGGCAGUAUGAGGUGAGGGUUUGGGCAUUCAACAAGCAGAUAGACGGAGCAGCUGUUGUGUGGAAGGGAAGGACAGACAAGGCCCACGACAAAACAGUGUUACUGCCCAUGCCCCUUCCUUUGCCCCCAAGCAGCAUCCAAGCCAUGGCCAAUAGCUCCACCUCCAUCUGGCUGCGCUGGGAGAAACCACGCUUCAGCAACGUACGGAUCAUCAACUACACAGUACGCUGCAGCCCAGCAGGAACCACCAAUGCCUCCCUGGUCUCCUAUCACACCAGCUCUGCUCAGGAGAUACUGCUCGGGGCGUUGAAGCCCUUCACCCGCUAUGAGCUGGCGGUGCAGUCUAAUGGAGUGGACGAGGUGGGACCCUUCAGCGGCACAGUGGAGGAGUCUACUCUGUCUGACCGGCCCUCCACACCUCCAGAGGAGCUGCAGCUGAGCGCUCUGGACUCCUCCACUGUGCUGGUGAGCUGGCGCCCUCCACUGGAGCCUAACGGUAUCAUCAUCAGCUACAGGAUCUUGUACAGUGGCAACCUCAGCCAGCCAGAGCACCUGUGGGAAAACCUCUCUCAGGAUGGGAGUAUUACCAGUGUGGAGGUCCAAGGUUUGUCCAGUGGCACACGUUACUUUUUUAAGUUGGGUGCAUCUACUGAGGUGGGGCAGGGGCCUUAUUCACCUGUAAAGGAUGUUCACACCCCCCUUCCAAAAUAUGAGCUGGACAUCCAUUCUGUGAUAGGCAUCAUUGUCGGCGUGUGCCUGGGACUGAUAUGCAUCCUCCUCUGCAUGUGUUUCAGCUUUCGCAAUGGCAAAUCUAGGGAGGUGUCUGGGGUCCUGGAGACAGCUGUGACCCCUCAGUACAGGAGAGGAAGCAGCCCGGUUCCCUCCAACGUGCCAGAGUGCAGUGAUAGCCACGAGCUGGAGACACUGAUGCCUCCAGCCAGCCAAGAGUCUGGUCAGCCGCUAGAAGAGGCCUCGGAGGAGCAGAGCCUGAUGGCAAGUGCUAAUCCAGGGGAGGGGGAUGAUGCCCCUGCACCUGAAUCCAAGGCUGCUUGGAAUGGAUCUGUGAGUCAUAACUGGGCCAACAGAAUCACUAGAUACAGAGACACCAUAACAGAAGACUCUCCAACACUCAUUAAUGGAGCUCUCAACAUGCUAAUAACUGAUAACGGCACGGACUUAGAAGAUCGUCUGUGUACAUCCCUGUGCAGUAACCAGGUCGAGGCAGAAGUCAUUGUUCACUCAGAGCUGUCAGACCCCGGGAAGGAGAAAGAGGAGGAGGGCAGCGAAAGGGAGAAGGAUUCUAACUCCACCAGAGGACCCUCAUUAUCAGAGGACAGAUAUUCCCCUAUGAGCCAGCUAAGCCCACCAGGAGAGGAGGACACUCUAGAAAAACUAUCACUGGCUCAAAGCCCCUUGAGUCUUCCCUCGAUAAAGUUGGUGGCCAAUCACAAUUGGGAGCUAGAAUGCAUGGGAGACAAGCCAAACGCAGACUUAGAGCCACAGCAGGACAUGGGGCUAACCAAUGGCUUCCACUCCCCAAAGACGGUGCGUUCUGUGCUGAGGUCAGAGCAUCUGGAGAAUGGGGAAUCCAGACAUUGCCCUUCGGCACCAGGAAAGGCCAUCUCUGCAGGGUUGUCCCCUGCCCCCUUUGUCAGCUCCGGCCUUGUCCACUCUACCUCAGCAGCACACAGUUACCUGUGCCCGUAGCCUCUGCAUGUAGGGCAUUGAUCCUUACACACACAUAUAGACAUCCGACUGAUUUUCUUUCUUUUACGUACCCAGGAAAAAUCCCAAGGAUUAUUUUUAUGCACCUCAUUAUUGGAUUCCUUUCUCUUCCUUACAAAGUUUUUAUAGGUGUACUAUGUACUUUGAAUCCAUUUCAUACGUGUGUAUAUACAGUAUAUUUUUAGUGGUAGAGUAUUGUAUAUGGGUAUUCAUUCUCUAGCAUUGCAACCAUAUUUUCCUCUGGGUUUCUAUCCUGACCUUUAGGAAAGAAAGAUUCAAUUUAACCAAGAAGAUGGAAGUGGAUUGAAGGAGGCUAUUCCCACUGUGUCGCACAUGGCUCUGUUCCACUCAGGAAUGAGAAAGCCUGGAAUGUUCUGUGAGCGAGUGAGACAGGCUAUCUUUGUGGAUGAGAGGAUCGGAGGCGCAGCUCAGUAGGUCUCCAUGGGCUUUGUCGUGUGGAUGCUACUUCACUGAGUGGCACUGAGGAGUAAGCCUUAAAGAGUAUCUGCACACUCUGAGAGUGCAGAACACCUGUGUCUCUCUCCAGCCUCCUGCUGUCUCAGGGUCCACACACACACACACAUACACACACACUGAAACACACACAGAAAGCUAAAGUACAGCUGAUUCCACGGUCACCCAUAAACACACAUUUACGCACACACAUUUCCUGACUGAAGUGUGGGGGUCUCAGGUGCCUAAUUAUUGUAGGUGCAUUUAUAACCUCUGUAUAUUUCUACAGUAUAGAUGAUUAUAUUCAGUACAAAUACAAAACAGAUGUCACCAUGAAGGAAAAAACACUCAAAAUGUAAAAAGAUAAGGAGGACACAGAUUUGGUACAUAUGAAGUAUUCUUUUCUAAAAUGCCAUAUAUCCAUGUGGUGUGAUUUUUUUAAACCAGGGUCUCUCAGUUGAAAAGUAAAAAGUGGUUUUGCUGUAAUUUAGAUGGUGGAUAUCUCAUUUUGGAAACUAAGUAUUUACAUGUUAAUGUUGGUAUUGGUUAAAUUUUGUUGGUGGGAGAACUAGAGACACAACUCAUCUGUAGACCACUCUUCUGGUUUGGCUCCCGUUUAGGGGUGCACCAAUGUAAGCCUGUGCCAUUAGUUGUCAUUUUAAACUCAGUAUAAUAUAUUUUUUUUAUGUGAUUGCCAUGUUUUUAAUUUGAGGGAAAUUCAACUUGACUCUACAAGCCUAUCUGAUUCCAGCUGUAUGAGAAAACUUCCACUAUGUUUAACUAUGCUACAGUACCAGAAACCAACAUAAGAUGAUUAGAAAUGUCUGAAUUUAUCAGAUAGGAAAGGAUUCUGAUGGGAAAAAAUAAAUAAAUGUGCUCUAAUUUUUUUACAUUGACCCUAAACUGUUCAACGUAUUCUUUAUGUAUUUGAUCAGAAUGCUUUUGCAUAAUUGACUGAUAUGUGAAGCUGAGUGAGUCAGUAUUGGUUUUGGCAGUGGAAAAGGGGAACUGGUGCAUCCCUACUACUUAUCAACAACACUACCUCAUUUCUUUUCAGGAUGGUUUCCAGUGUGGUUUUAUUAGUUUUAUGUAACUAGCACCUUUUUAUGAUCUCUUUCUUAACUUGUCUGAUUUUACAGCCUUUGGUAUUUGCAGAAAUAAUCGUCCAACACUGACUGUACAUUCUUGUGUUACUUCAAAGAAAUGAAUGUUGCUAUAGUACAUUGCAGCUUCCUCUCUGAUCUCUGAAAGAUUGUGUCAUUCAUUUGUAUAUUACUGCUUAAUCCUCACAGAAGGCAAAAACACCCAGUGUCUUUGAUAUGAAGCACCUUAAACUAGGUCCAGCCAAUUUAAUCCAAUUGCAGUUUUGAACCUGAUUCCAGUCAAACUAACUAUAAACUAGGAAAGCGCCUACCGAAAACUUGUGCCACCUGCAGGCAAUGAGUGUUACUGCUACAUGUGUUCCCUUUUUUUACAGGUUCUGUUUCAGUGUGUGACUGAUGUUGGAUGUUGAUGAUAUACAUCUUUACAGUGCUGACCAUUAAAGGAACGGAGAGCCGGAAAGUCCUAAAUAGAUGAAGCUUUCCUAGCUUAUUAGUUAUUUUGCUGUCUGAGUAACAUGUGGCUUUUGCUACACUUCUGUUCUGAUAAUGGACAUGUCUUUAUUCACAAGAUAGAGUUAGUUUGUGAGUAAGUUACAGGCUGGUUCCUUUAGGUGCUUCACAUCAAAAAGACUAUUUUAAGGACUUUUUUACUUAUCACAAAACUCAUUUCAUUUUGAAAGGGCGAGGGAUGGAUGAGUGCGAUAUAAACUACAGGUAUCUGUGUGAUUCUGAGACAAUGGCAAGUUUGCCAAUGUUGGGAUCCAUUAGUAAUAAUGAUAAUAAUAAUAAACAAUAACAUAAUAAUAUCCACUUCAAAGAUUGACAGAAUUAAGCAGAGCAUUGGGUCCAGCCCUGUUGUGUGAUGUCUCAUCUUCUCUCAGGUGGCUUUCUUUUAGUCAUCCAGCAGUGAAAAGGACACCUCUUUUUCACUGCUGCACAAACCCAUUCUAUCCUUGUUUCUACCCAUGUCCAUGCAAGUGUCAAAAUCUCACCAGCUCAACUCAAUCACAUCAGCAACAGAAAUGUAAAUGGUUGUUUAUAAUUGUGUUUUCUCUAAAACCUAUAUUGUUCUUUGAUUUCCUGAACAAAAUGCAUGGUUGUUACCUCAGAGAGACUUAUUUUUUUAGCCUUGCCAUGUAUGUACUUUACUGCAAUAGCAGUCAUAUAGGGACAGAAGUGAAUGUGUUCUUUGCAAACCUGGGUCAGACACUGAUUGGAAGGUCUUUUUUUUUGGGGGGGGCAGUGGAGGUUUGCCACAUCAGGAGAAUUUAGAUUUUACCACCUGUCUGCAACAUCAAUUUUUAUGAAAUACCUUUUUAUCAGACCUAAAAUGCAUGGCACUCACUGUACUGUGGCAAACCACAUUUAAAUGGUACAUAAAGAGCAAUUCAACAGCAAACUUACCUAUGGCAGGAAUGUGCUGCUGCACCUCUCAGCUCACCAAUUUAAAGUGGUAACCAUGUUUUAUUCCUGGCCACACUGCAGCUAGUGAUGUUGGAGGAGGUUUCCAUCAGCUGUUAAAAGUAAAACACCUCCUGUGACAUCAUUUUGGGUGAUAAUUUAGAUGUAUAGAGAGCUGUGCAGCCGCAGCUUUUUGCCCUGUGGUUUGAUGAUCAUUUGCCCUUUAUAUGCAGUGAGCUAAAGCAAACCACCAAAAGUAUGUGUAAGCGUGUACAUUUUUUAUCCAGGUUCUUUACUGAUACUGUUUAUAUCAAUACUGUUUUUCAUCAUCCUUAAAAGCCACUAAUGUCCUUAGUCCAGAAAGAAGCAUAAUAUUCUCAAAAGCAUUCCAGUUUGAUAUCGUGAACAUACCUCUCUCAGUCCAGGUCAGCCAUGAUUAGCCAUGCUACCUUAAGAAGAGACGUGCUAAGAACCCCAGACUGUGUUUCUGUUGCUCUGAUAGGUUUCAUCCAGACCUGGGUUCAGUGCCACCAUUCACUUCACCAAGUGCAGAUACUGAAGCCUAAGCUGCAGAGUUUGCAAAACAGCUUGGACUAUGACAAGUGGAUGGAGGUCACUGAAUCAGGGCCUGUAAGAUAGUGUUUCAAAUAAGUUGUCAUGGAGACAAAAUUGACUUUCCAAACAUUUCCUUGUGAUUGUUUAUAUCUUAGGAGUAUAAAGUGAAGUUGUCUGUCACCCAACAUGGUUAUUUUUAUUAUGAAACAAACAGCUGUUCACCCUUCCGUGUGAAAAAGAAAAGUCUGUUGUCACUGCCGGCAAACCACAGCCAUUUGGCAAUCAAGUAGACUAACAUAAAUUGCUGUGGUGCUUUUCUGCCCAGGAAGUAAAUUGUCUACAUCACUGCACCAAUUUGUUCUGAUGGACAUUUAACACAUUUGGAAAUGAAUUGAUUUGUGCCAGUGAGUUGCAAUUUUGGGAGGGUAUUCGGUUUAGCAAAGACACUAUCACAUCUGUGAUGCAGGAAGUGGAGUAAGUGAUACUGCAGCUGCCAAAAUCUAAUGUAACAUUUCAGCUAGACAUUGAAAUGGCACAGUUUAGAUGGAUUUUAGUAACACAGUACUUAGUAACCCCCCCCCCCACAUGCAAAUAUUUCAGUUCAAUCACGCUGUUUUGCCUGUGUUUUAAGUCUUGAUGCAGUAAUGGAUUAUUAUGGUGUGUGUGGUGCUGACACAGAUGAUCUGAAAAGGGGGUUUGCAUAAAUCCUGCCUCCAGCAUAAAUGAUCCUGCUCAUGCUCUCCUUAUAGAAGCUCUAUUAACUGUUUUAACCGCUAUCUUUUCAAUACAUGUAACCUUUUGUUCCCCUUUCUUCAUCUUUUCGUUGGCUAGAACAUUAAGAUUUGUUUGGAGGAAAAUUACAUACGCUCAUUACUUUGAUAAUUUUGUUUAUUUCAUCCUCCUCUGUAAGGGUUUAGUUAAACAGUAUACCUCAUGUUGGUAACUUGUUUAUUUGAUUCUGAUCAGUUUCUUGAUACUGCACAUUUUGUAUCAAUUAGGACAUAUACAUAUAUAGGUACGCAUCCUGUUUUUUGUGAGCCAAGUUUUUUUAUGUAGAGGAUGGGAUUGACUGUUUUGUUUUACCUCAGUGGGAGUUUUUACUCAUUACAGUGGCCUGGAUGGUCUAGUCUAGUGGUGAGGGGGUAAACAAACGAGGGGAGGAGGGGUCAGUGGAAGUCAUCUAAAUUGACUUUUACAUUGUUAUUCUUCAACAGUAGUUUUUACCUGCCUUUUUAAAGAGUUUGAAGUAUGGGUUCACCAAAAUGGCACUCUUGCUUCAAAGAGAAAUGGAGAAAAAAGCAAAGAUGUGUCUGCUUCUGAUGAAUAACAGUAAAAUAAGAGUCACUUUUCAGCAGAGUACCACUUUAACACAACCCAGGUAACUGAAGUAAUAGGCAGGGAGAGGGCUAAAGGGAAAUCCUCCCCGGGCAGGUCAUACCUCUCAGUACAGACAGCCAUUUCAAAAUAAUUGUCUCUUCUCUUCUCAGGUUGCAUAAAAAUAGUAGAGGAUCAUGCCAGCAUAUCCAGCUCAGAUACAUGUCAUUUGUUGUCAAACAAAGCCUCAUUUUGUCCUUUUGCAAGUAAAUCAAGGAAACACUUAUGCAUAGAUGAUAUUUUGUUUUGUACAAAUCAUUCAGUGUAUUUCUGUCUCUGGCUCUUCUCUGUACAUUCUGGUGCUUUGUGGUGAGCUGCUUCGUCCAGUGAUGUCACAUUGUUGUGCAUUUUUUUCUACGUAUUCUUCCCUAGUUUUGUGUGUACCAGCUCAGCUGUGCUUCUCAGAAUGUGUAAGCACAGACUCGGACUCUGUAGUCAUGUGCCACCAGCGACGCUCUGUAGCUACUCAGACACGUUUGCAAUCAUUGUGUGCUGAACAAGACCUCAUCCAUGUCAAAAGACGCUACUGUAGGAGCAAAUUGUCAGAGCACUUAUAAGAUUAGCACUUGUUUUUGGGCCAGGAGCAACUUUGGAUCUUUACAUUUCUAGAAGUGCAAUUUUCUUAGUCUGUAAAAUGACCGAUGGAUUACUCAGUGUUAGUCAUGGUGACCGUAGCCAUGAUUUGUGAUAGAAUCAUUGCUUGUUCAGAGGAAUUGUCACAGGAUAGGCAGUACUUGUGGUUUGUAGAAAUAUUUCCACUGUGUUACCAUAUGUGAAAAUGUCAGAACUCACAGCUACUCUAAGAUGUCUGUGGAAACUACUCUUCUGUAAAUAAACAUCAAA